GUUUCUCCCCUUGAGGACCCAGCUGUGAGGAUGCCAGGCUGAGUGAGCCCUACAUGCUGCCUGGGAGCCAGCACCGGCGGCCACCAUGGCGUCGCGCAUUGGGCUGCGCAUGCAGCUGAUGCGAGAGCAGGCGCAGCAGGAGGAGCGACGGGAGCGCAUGCAGCAGCAGCAGGCGGCCAUGCACUACAUGCCGCAGCCGCCACAGCUGCCACCCACCCCGGCCAUCAACACGCCCGUCCACUUCCAGUCGCCUCCACCUGUGCCCGGGGAGGUGCUGAAGGUUCAGUCCUACCUGGAGAACCCCACCUCCUACCACCUGCAGCAGUCCCGGGACCAGAAGGUGCGGGAGUACCUGUCUGAGACCUACGGGAACAAGUUCGCUGCCCACAUCAGCCCUGCCCAGGGCUCCCCCAAACCCCUGCCAGCCGCUUCCCCCGGGGUGCGGGCCGGACAUGUGUUGUCUUCCUCUGCCGGCAACAGCGCUCCCAACAGCCCCAUGGCCAUGCUGCACAUUGGCUCCAACCCUGAGAGGGAGUUCGACAACAUGAUGUGUCUGGACAACGUCUUGGGCUUCAUCAAUCCGGAAGCGCAGAUGCCCAACACGCUGCCCCUGUCCAGCAGUCACCUGAACGUGUAUAGCAGUGACCCUCAAGUCACGGCCUCCCUUGUGGGCGUCACCAGCAGCUCCUGCCCAGCAGAUCUGACUCAGAAACGAGAGCUCUCAGAUGCAGAGAGCCGGGCACUGGCCAAGGAAAGGCAGAAGAAAGACAACCACAAUCUGAUCGAAAGGAGGAGGAGGUUCAACAUCAACGACCGCAUCAAGGAGCUGGGAAUGCUGAUCCCCAAGGCCAAUGACCUAGACAUGCGCUGGAACAAGGGCACCAUCCUCAAAGCGUCCGUUGACUACAUCCGAAGGAUGCAGAAGGACCUGCAGAAGUCCCGGGAGCUAGAGAAUCACUCCCGGCGCUUGGAGAUGACCAACAAGCAGCUUUGGCUGCGCAUCCAGGAGCUGGAGGUGCAGGCGCGUGUCCAUGGCCUCCCCACCACCUCCCCGUCAGGCAUGAAUAUGGCGGAGCUGGCCCAGCAGGUGGUGAAGCAGGAGCUGCCCAGCGAGGAAGACCCAACGGAAGCCCUGCUGCUGGGGGCUGAGGUGCCCGACUCCGAGCCCCUGCCGGCUCUGCCCCCCCAGGUCCCAGUGCCUCCACCAGUCCAGCCCGCCCAGCCCGCCCAGCCGCCAUCCCCGUUCCACCACCUGGACUUCAGCCAGAGCCUGAGUUUCGGGGGCGGGGGCGACGAAGGGCCCUCCAGCUACCCGGAGCCUCUGGGGCCUGAGCAUGGCUCCCUGUUCCCCACCUUGUCCAAGAAGGAUCUGGACCUCAUGCUCCUGGACGACUCUCUGCUCCCGCUCACCUCCGACCCUCUCUUCUCCACCAUGUCCCCCGAGGCCUCCAAGGCCAGUAGCCGCCGGAGCAGCUUCAGCAUGGAGGAGGGGGACAUGCUGUGACCCCAGCCACCUCCACGCCCAGGGAACAGGGGCAGGCCCAGGGCCGUGGGGGACAGGGGCAGGGGCACCCCCCUCCUUCCCUGCAGGCCACAUUUGCGUGUGAAGUAGCCGCCUGCCCCACCUUGUGCCUGUCUGCUGGCCUCUGUUUGGACUUAGAGCCGCUUGGCAGCCUGUGGGGUGAGCCCCUGACCCAGCUCAGCAUUUGGGGGGCUGCCCUUUCACAGGGCUAGGCCAAAGCCAUGAGUGGAAGUGGGGGG